GGCCUAAGCGGUGCACGGGAGGGGGCCGGGCGCCCUCCGCACGUGCCGCGGCAGACACGCGCACCAGCAGCCCAGCGGGCAGGGCUGCGGCGUAUCAGGUUGCAAAGCCCUCUUCCCUCCCCUCGCCGCUCUCCGCGCGUUGACGUGCGAGAGGCGGCGGUGGGGCUUCGCAAGAGCGAAGAUGGCAGCGCUGGCCGAGCCUCUGGGGCUGGAGAGGGGUAAGCUGCGCCGGCGGUGGAGAAGGAGGGGAGACAUGGUCUUGGAGAGGGGUGGGCAUCUCCUGCGCCUGGAGUGGGAGAGAUCCGCGGGUGGCUGGAAGGGGGAGAUUCCCGCGUAUAUGGAGGGAGGAGGAGGAGGAGGAUCGGGGCGGAUGGAUCCGCCAGCCCCGGCGCACAAAAGCGAGCAAGAGCCGUGCGCCCUCGCUGCGUCCCAGGGGGAUGGCGGGGAGGGAAGAGAGCAUCGCCGGGGCGCGCGCGGGAAGGCGAGAUCCCGCGGAAAGAUGGAGGUGGCGGGUGGGUCCUUCCUCUCUCCCUCCCUCCCUCCCUUGCUCGGCAUGGCUGCUGAGGAGGAGAUCGGAGCUGCUUCCUCGCAGCUCGCCCGGAUCUUCGCUUUCGCGCGCUCUCCUUUACGCGCGGCGAGAGCGCAAGCGAAGCGCGAGGCGCUGUUCGCCGGGGCGGCUGAGGCGCGUCGCCCGAGGCGGCCCGGGGCUUCCUUCCGCUCCGCUGACAACCUCGCCGUCUCUUCUCCCUCUCCUCAGAUGUGGCGCGGGCGGUUGAACUGCUGGAGCGGCUGCAGCGCAGCGGGGAGGUGCCGCCUCAGAAACUCCAAGCCCUUCAGAGGGUGUUGCAGAGCAAAUUCUGCUCGGCCAUCAGGGAGGUGAGCGAGCGACUCUUCCUGGGUCCUUCCUUGGCAGACGCUUCUCCUUUUCUUCAUUUAUACUUUCGUCUCUCCCCUCGCCUCCUCUCCUUUCCCGCGCUCCUUGCCUGGCCUUCUUCCUCUGUACCAGUUCGUCACCCACUUCCCCCACCUGUCACCGCGAGUUGCACCUGUGUCACACGCAUCUGGCCUCUUGUCACUCCCCUGUCACCCCGACCUUUCCCCUAUGUUUGCAAUCAGGCAGUGGCAGACUUGGGGCUUUCAAAUUUCAGCACAGUGCCAAAAUUUGGUGCAUCUAGCCUCUUGCCUUCCGCUCUGCAUCAUGCUGGUGCCUGGAUAGCUCAGUUGGUGAGAGCACUGUGAUCAUAACGCCCGGAUGGGACAGCUGCAUUUCAGGGGGUUGGACUAGAUGGUCCUCAGGGUCCCUUCCAAGUCCGUGAUUUUUAUGAUUUCUUGCAGCGCCCACUCAGGGCGGGCAAACCAGUUACACUCCCUAACUCCGCCUCUGAACCAAGGCGGCCCUACUGUUAGGUGCUCGCCUCAGAGAGCUGAUUUCAAAUCAUUAGUUUGUGUGCCUUUCAUAGGAGCGGGGUGACACCACUUGCUGCCUCACACAGGAAAAUGUCUGAAAUGGCCUCUGUCUGGACUCUCCUUUAAACACUCCUAAUCCCUUCUGUAUCCCCUCAAAGUCAAUACAGUGGUACCUCGGGUUAAGAACUUAACUCGUUCUGGAGGUCCGUUCUUAACCUGAAACUGUUCUUAACCUGAGGUAACACUUUAGCUAAUGGGGCCUCCCGCUGCUGUCGCACAAUUUCUGUUCUCAUCCUGAAGCAAAGUUCUUAACCCAAGGUACUAUUUCUGGGUUAGCGGAGUCUGAAACCUGAAGUGUCUGUAACCUGAAGCAUCUGUAACCCGAGGUACCACUGUAUUAGGAAGAAGGGAAGCAGCCUUAUAUAUUUACUCAGACCAUAGGUCCCAUCUAGAGCAUUACAGUCAUACCUCAGGUUACAGACGCUUCAGGUUGCGUUUUUUUCGGGUUGCGGACCACUGAAACUGGGAAGUACUGGAACAGGUUACUUCCAGGUUUCGGCGGUCGCACAUGCGCAGAAGCACCAAAUCGCAACCCGCGUGUGUGCAGACCUGCUGCUGCGGGUUGCAAACAUGCAUCCCGCACGGAUCACGUUUGCAACCUGAGCGUCCACUGUACUAUUUCUGGGUUUGCUAACCCAGAGUCUGUAACCUGAAGUGUCUGUAACCCAAGGUACCACUGUAUUAAGAAGAAGGGAAGCAGCCUUAUAUAUUUACUCAGACCAUAGGUCCCAUCGAGAGCAUUAUUGUUUACACUGGCAGGCAGCAGCUCGCCAGGGAUUCAGACUGGAGUAUUUCUCAUGUCUACUCGUAGGUAGCGAGGAUUGAAUCAUAGAAACAUAGCACCAUGAAAGGAGAUGUUCUACCUGCUCCCCCCGCCCCCGUCUUGCUUCCAUGCCCUCUUAUCUCCUGUUCUGUCCAUCCCAUAUUCCCAUUCCACAGCAGAUGCUUCUUUCAAGUAUCCUCCUUAGCAUCUGUGUUCCAAAUGGUGUCAACUCUGGACUCGGCGGACAAAUCUCCCUGACCCCCCUCCUUUUAUUGUCUCUUUUCUGGACAGGUCUAUGAGCAGUUGUACGACACACUGGAUAUCACGGGGAGUGCUGAAAUUCGGGCGCAUGCCACGGCUAAGGUAUGAGAAGAAACCCGUUGCUUUGUUUCCAGUUGUGUAGGUUCCCCUCCACCACCUGCUACGUAUUUUGGGAAGUUGUUUGCCUGCUUGUUGGGAUUCCUCUUAAAACAAUUUAACCAAAUUUUGCAUGAUCAAGCAAUACGAUUUUGGUCUAUGUUUGGAUCCAGCCAGAUGCCAAUUUGAACAGAGGUGGCUGGCUGAACCUUUCAAAGCUGCACUGAUUUUAACCAGUGGUUUCAAAACGGCAUUGGUUUCAACUGCAGGUUUCAAAACUGCACUAUAAUUUUUUUUAUCAUUCUGUUCCUUAGAAUUCUUGUGCAACGCUUGGUCUGAAGUUGCUCGUUCUCUUGAAUUCAUAUUUCGUUCAGCUUACUGAAUUUGCUGUAAUGGUGCUAGAUAGCUUUAAAGCAAUGUUCGAAAUUAGCCAGGCGCAUUUUGCACCUGACUUUCCCAGGUGCCAGGAUGGUGCUUGACGUCUCCACCAUCUGGAGAUGCCUGCCUGGUAAACCUUGGAUCUUGGCUGUUUUCACACACUAGCAGCACAUCCUGUAGAAUUAAAUCCGUUAUAUUUUAACUGCACAAUCAGAAUGAAUUUCAGGAACCAACCACAAAGUCGUAUUGAAAAAUACUGCUUCCGAGCUGUCUGGCCCCAAAAUCAACUAAACAUUUAAGGAGCCAUUUGGUGCCUAACUUAUAUAGCUGAGUUUCUAACACUGCUGUAUGGGCCUACGGCCGUAAUAAAUUAUUAUUAUUAUUAUUAUUAUUAUUCUAACACUGCUUAAAAGGCUGUGGGCCAGCCCUUUCAUUAGACAGAGUGAGGCAGAUGCCUCAGACAGCUCAUUUUCAAUGUCACGGAAUUACAGCAACCUGAUAUUUAGUUUUGCUGGGCUUUUUUAAACUAUUAUUUACUAAGCGAUAGUUGUACACCCAGGGAGAGGUACCAGUGGGAUUUUUGUGCGUCGGGUGUCAAAAUAACUUGACCGGCCCUUGGCUGCAAGCACCUUGACGUGGGGCCGGGAUGAGGGCAAGAUGCCAUCAAGCAGCAAAAACAGCUUAGUCCGGCCCUGAUUAAAUAGCUUUAGAAGGGGAUUAGAGCAACUCGGGAAGCCAAGAUACUUUCAGUGGCUAUUAGUCAUAAUGGCUAUAUGCACCCUGGAGGCAGUAUACCUCUCAGGAUUCCAGUUUGCUGGGAACAACAGCAGGAGAGGGCUGUUUUGCCUCGCUUUUGGCUUCCCUGAGGCACCUGGAUGCCCUGUGCUGGAAACAGGGUGGUCAACUGAAUGGAGCUUCCUUAGAACUAAUAUCUGUAUUUCAAAUAUGAUGUGAAAAUCGCUAGAAAUGGGCUGUUUAUAAAGUGGUCUGCCUGUGCUCUUCUGCUUGAUAGUGUUCUAAAGUAGCUUGCAUAAGAUGAGUAAAAGCAAUAGGAAAGUAGGGUAUCCUUGUGUGUGUGCAAGUUUACAAUCUAAAAGGCAUGGCACAAAAGGAAAAGAUGAGGAGGAGGGAGGAGGAAGUGAUGGGGAAUACAAGACUGUAUGUGUGCCACAGUUUUGUAGGGGUUGGAGGGGGAACACAGAAUGUUACUGUGGUUUCAAAAUCUAAUUUCUGAGAUUCUCUGCUUUCAUUUCUUUUUUAAAAAACCAAGUUUCUAGUCCUUAUAGCCCCAAAUAUAUGCUUGAAAGUUUGGGGACUAAUACGUUUUCCAGUUAUUGGAAGUGAGGCUUCAGGGCCCUGUGCAGCGCUUGCCCCAGUAACUUAAAAAAGAAAAGAAAGAAUAGGUCUUACAAUAUAAGUGAUGACAUGGUAGCUGAGCAAUCUGCAUAAUUUAUAUGGGGUUGUAAAAUUCAGUUUAUCUUGGCACUGAAUUUAUUUACAAAUUCUUAGCAUAGAGUAUGCAGAACCCUGGGUAGAAAUAUGCACAUGGGUUAAUUUGACUAAUUUGACAGUGGCUGGGGGAACCCAGUUAGAUAGCCAGCAUAUAAAUGAUGAUAUGAUAUAAUAAUAAUAAUUUAUUUAUACCCCGCCCAUUUGGCUGAGUUUCCCCAGCCACUCUGGGCGGCUCCCAAUUGAGUGUUAAAAACAAUACAGCAUUAAAUAUUAAAAACUUCCCUAAACAGGGCUGCCUUCAGAUGUCUUUUAAAGAUAAGAUAGCUGCUUAUUUCCUUGACAUCUGAUGGGAGCACGUUCCACAGGGCGGGUGCCACUACCAAGAAGGCCCUCUGUCUGGUUCCCUGUAAUCUCGCAAUGAGGGAACCGCCAGAAGGCCCUUGACGCUGGACCUCAGUGUCCGGGCUGAAUGAUUGGGGUGGAGACGCUCCUUCAGGUAUACUGGGCCGAGGCCGUUUAGGGCUUUAAAGGUCGGCACCAACACUUUGAAUUGUGCUCGGAAACGUACUGGGAGCCAAUGCAGAUCUCUCUGGACCGGUGUUAUGUGGUCCUGGCGGCCGCUCCCAGUCACCAGUCCAGCUGCCACAUUCUGGAUUAAUUGCAGUUUCCGGGUCACCUUCAAAGAGAGAUGAUGAAGGAUGAGUCGGAAAUGAAAACCUGAGGGAAUUGGGGCACGAGGGGAAGGGUGUUGCCACUGACUUUUAAAGAAGUCUUUGAAACAGUCCUAAAUACUGGUGCAGACUCUUCUCUGCUUCCUCCCCAUACCCAGGCGACGGUGGCUGCUUUCGCAGCGAGCGAAGGCCACGCACACCCACGGGUGGUGGAACUGCCCAAGACGGACGAAGGCCUGGGCUUCAACAUCAUGGGGGGCAAGGAGCAGAAUUCUCCCAUCUACAUCUCCCGCAUCAUCCCAGGGGGCGUGGCUGACCGCCACGGCGGCCUCAAGCGAGGAGAUCAGUUGCUGUCGGUCAAUGGCGUGGUGUGUAUAUUGGGGGGCAGGCGAUAUGAGAGGCUUCUUUUUGGGUGUAUGGAAGCGGGAUACGGGUUUGCAGGAAGCGGAAACAGUUGGGGUGGGUGGAGAUCCAAAACAACUCUGGGGGUGCAGAGCGUGCUCAGUCAAUUGCGGAAUGCUGAUUGGCUGAUUUUAUUUGUGGUUGCACAUGUGUUGUUGAUUUUAUAUAGGCAUAAUACAUAAAAUCGGGAGGCGGGUGGCGCUGUGGGUUAAACCACAGAGCCUAGGACUUGUUGAUCAGAAGGUCGGCGGUUCGAAUCCCCGCGACGGGGUGAGCUCCCGUUGCUCGGUCCCUGCUCCUGCCAACCUAGCAGUUCGAAAGCACAUCAAAGUGCAAGUAGAUAAAUAGGUACCGCUCCCGCGGUAAGGUAAAUGGCAUUUCUGUGUGCUGCUCUGGUUCGCCAGAAGCGGCUUAGUCAUUCUGGCCACAUGACCCGGAAGCUGUACGCCGGCUCCCUUGGCCAGUAAAGUGAGAUGAGCACUGCAACCCCAGAGUCGGCCACGACUGGACCUAAUGGUCAGGGGUCCCUUUACCUUUAAUACAUAAAAUUACAUGGUUUCCAAAAAAACAUGUGUGCUGUUCAUCUGGAGGUUUACUCCAGCUGAUAAUUAUUUUUUUCCUUAUUAUUUAUAGAUAGAUCUCAGGGUGGUUCACAACAUAAAAUCGCAAUAAAAUAAAAUAAGAAAUAUAGUGGUACCUCGGUUUUCGAACAUCUCCGUUGAUUAACAUUUCGGUUUUCGAACUCCGUAAAUCCAGAAGUAACUGCUUCAGUUUUUGAACAUGCCUUGGAAGUUGAACGGUCUUCUGGAAUGGAUUAUGUUCGAAAACCGAGGUACCACUGUAAUAAAAAGAUCAGAAACAAACCAAUAAUCUCCUCUCCCCAACACAUUUUAAAAGGGCAUUGGAUGUCAAUCAGCCAAAGGCAUGGUUAAAGAGGAAUGUUUUCGCCUGGUGCCUGAAGGUGUAUAAUGAAGGUGCCAGGUGAACGUCCCUGGGGAGAGCAUUCCACAGACGGGGAGCCACUGCAGAGGAGGCCCCGUUCUCGUGUUGCCACCCUCUGGACCUCUCAAGGAGGAGGCACACGAUGGAGGCCCUUGGAAGAUGAUCUCAGGGUCUGGGUAGGUUCUUAUGGAGACAGGCAGUCCUUGAGGUGUUGCGGUCCUGAGCCAUUUAAGGAGAGGGAAAACGGGGCUGGCUUCACACUGCAGCAUUUUGCUGCUAGUCCCACUUGCGUAAAUACGUCAUUUGAGGCAGGGACGGCUGCUUCUCACGGACCUCAGCAGUGACGAUGGGAGGCGAAAGGUGGAGUCUUGAAUCAGGAAAUGCACUUACUGCUCUUGUGGCGUUGCUUUUCUUCCUUGUUUCCUGCAGAGCGUGGAGGGCGAGCAACACGAGCGGGCGGUGGAGCUCCUGAAAGCAGCCCAGGGUACCGUGAAGCUGGUUGUGCGUUACACGCCCAAAGUACUCGAAGAAAUGGAGGCGCGCUUUGAGAAGAUGCGGACGGCGCGGCGCCGGCAGCAGCAUAACAGCUACUCGUAAGAGCGGGUCGGGAAAUGGGGCUUUCCAAGUGGUUCUCCCGGGGGAUAGUUUGGGUGGCCAGGGGCAGAAGAGGGCGGGGCUGCCACACCUGGAAGGUGAGAUGGCAGCAGGUGUACUGUAUUUUUCGCUGUAUAGGACGCACCCGACCAUAGGACACACCUUGUUUUAGAGGGGGAGAACAAGGGGGGAAAAAAUCUCCCCCUCUCUGCGCAGUGCCCCUUCAGCGAAGCGGCAGGAGAAACGGAGCCCCUUCCAUUUCUCCUCCCGCUUAGCUGAAGGGGCACUGUGCACACCGACCCCUCUCGCUCUCCAGGCUUCAGUGAAGGCAACCCGAAGCCUCUGGAGCGCAGCGGGAACGCUCCCUCUGCGCUUCGGAGGCCUCGCAUUGCUAUCGCUGAAGCCAAGGAGCCUGCAUUCACUCCAUAAGACACACAUACUGUACAUUUCCCCUUAAUUUUUGGAGGGGAAAGUGUGCGUCUUAUAGAGCGAAAAAUACGGUAGCUUGAAGCCAGGUGGCUGACAGUGUCAGCUGAGUCACACAAGUCCAGCCAUUAGGUUUGGGAGAGAAGUUGGGGUUUCUUUUUGGAACCUGAUUUAUCCCCAUUGCUGGCAUCAAAUCUGAAAUCCCAAUGUUGAAAUCUUCCUGGUAUCUGAUCAACAUGAGCAAAUCUAGAACUGGGGUAAGGAAUACAUGCUUUCCCUCUGGUUUCUAUUAAUCUGUGUGUCCCUAUAGAGAGAGGGAGAGAGAUCAAUAUUUGAUACUUCCCAGAGAGCGUCUUGCAAUUGACACAGUUGGGUGAUGGCAAGGGGAAAGGGCAGGCACAGAAGAGAGGAGAAAUCCGGGUGCAGAACCCUCAGUAUUAAUUUAUUUAGGGCCAUUUAUUUUAAAUAUAUCUAAGGAGUAAAUGGCAACUUAAAAAAGCAAACAAACCCAAAUUACCAAAAGCAAUACAGUCAUACCUCAUGUUACGUUUGCUUCAGGUUGAGUGUUUUCAGGUUGUGUCCCAUGGUGACCCAGAAGUACCGGAAAGGGUUACUUCCAGGUUUCGCCGCUCGCACAUGAGCAGACAUGCAAAGUGACGUCAUGCGCAGAAGCGGCAAAUCGCAACCUGCAGAAUCGCAGACACGUGUUGCGUUCUGCUCAUGUUGCGAACAGGCCUCCGGAACGGAUCCCGUUCACAACCAGAGGUACAACUGUACAAUAAAACGAUCAAUGCAAAGUACUGACAACAUCAGUAAAAAGUGCAGAAAUGCAAUAAAGCAUGAUAAUAUAAUAACAAUAUUAAUAUUAAUAAUUUAUUAUUUAUACCCAGCCACUCUGGGCAGCUCCCAACAGAAUAUAAAAAAACGUCAAAAUUAAAAGCUUCCCUAAACAGGGCUGCCUUCAGAUGUCUUCUAAAAGUCAGAUAGCUAUUUAUUUCCUUGACAUCUGAUGGGAGGGCGUUCCACAGGGUGGGCGCCACCACCGAGAAGGCCCUCUGCCUGGUUCCCUAUCACCUCGCUUCUCGAUAACAUGCAGAAGAUGAUUGGCUUUAAUGAUUGGUCAGAGACGAGGAGGAGGUGUCUUCAGAAAUUGACUGAAGCAGGUGACCGACAGUAACGCAAAGAGGCAGCAUCAUAACUAUGCAAUGUUAACCAGGAACCCUUAACCCUUUUAAUAGUUAUAUAUGAUUUUCAAGCUUACAAAAAAUGGUUGUGGUACAAGGAACAGAGGAAAUGAACAAUGCAAAGUCCUUAGCUCCUCCUCCUCAUUAUUUCACCUUUGUUCAGAAACCAAUCGAUCUGGUUUUCUUGUCACCCACCUCUUCCUGCCUCUCCCUUGCCAUCAUCACAUCCUAGCUUGCUCUUAGACAAAGGUAAAGGGACCCCUGACCAUUAGGUCCAGUCGUGGCCGACUCUGGGGUUGUGGCGCUCAUCUCGCUUUAUUGGCCAAGGGAGCCGGCAUACAGCUUCUGGGUCAUGUGGCCAGCAUGACUAAGCUGCUUCUGGCGAACCAGAGCAGCGCACGGAAACGCUGUUUACCUUCCCGCGGGAGUGGUACCUAUUUAUCUACUUGCACUUUUGAUAUGCUUUCGAACUGCUAGGUUGGCAGGAGCAGGGACCCAGCAACGGGAGCUCACCCCGUCGUGGGGAUGCGAACCGCCGACCUUCUGAUCGGCAAGUCCUAGGCUCUGUGGUUUAACCCACAGCACCACCCGUAUUAGUUAACUAGAGUGGCCACAUGAAAAAAAAAAUAGUCCUUUCUCAGAGUUUUAAGAAAAACUUCUUUUGUGGCUGCCUGCCUCCCUGCUUGCUCUCACGGUUGGUAUUUCCUGUCUCUCUUUGUUUCUUCAGAUCCCUGGAGUCCCGAGGAUAAUUUGCAUCAUUAUCUAUCUGGUUUGUUUGGGCUGGCCUGCGAUUUUUUUUCCCACCCCACCGCACCCGCCCCGAUGGUUUUAUCUGUAUAGCAGGAGACAUAUUUAUCUGCCUUCCUCCUCUUUGCCAGGAGGUGGGCUCCUAUGUACAGUAUUUAUUCUCCACAAUCCUCUUAUUUAAAGAUGUUCUGUGUGAGUGACUGUGUAUCUGUGCGAGUCCCUACCCUUUGUGAAACUGAAGAAGGUACCACAAAGCCCCCAAGAGCCUGUUCUUUGCUGCCUAUGAUGUACAGGGCUAUAAAAAAUUAGAGGAAAAUGGAAAGCUCCCACGUAUAAUGCCUCUCCUCUAGGGAUGGUUUCAUUUCCAUUGCGGGGUGAGGGGUCCCCUCUCUAGCCAGCCUCCCACCCUAAUAAUAAUAAUAAUAACAUUUAUUUAUAUCCCGCCCUCCCCAGCUGAAGCCAGGCUCAGGGCGGCUAACAACAAUAAAAUAGUGCAACAUUCUAAAAACAAUUCAUUAUAAAAAUUAAUUAAAAUCAAAUUGAUGGCAACCAUUAAGCUAAAGUUCUGUGAAGAUUGCCAAAGGAGGGCGUCAGGCUGCGCCCUGACCAAAGGCCUGGUGGAACAGCUCUGUCUUGCAGGCCCUGCGGAAAGAUGUCAAGUCCCGCAGGGCCCUAGUCUCUUGUGGCAGAGCGUUCCACCAGAUUGGAGCCGUAGCCGAAAAAGCCCUGGCUCUGUUUGAGGCCAGCCUAACCUCUCUGUGGCCUGGGACCUUCAGGAUGUUUUUAUUUGAAGACCGUAAGUUCCUCUGUGGGACAUACCAGGAGAGGCGGUCCCGUAGGUACGAGGGUCCUAAGCCGUAUAGGGCUUAGACACAGAAACGCCAACACUGAUGAGAAGGCGUGGUGUAGCCCUGGCUUUGGGUCUGGGUUCAAAUCUACCUGGCUGACCAUAUCACCUGUCCCUCUCUCUCCUCAGCCUAACCUACCUCACAGGGUUGUUGUGAGGCCAGAACAGUGAAAACCCAUGUUUGGUACCCUUGAGUUCCUUGGGAUAUCUUGCCAAUUAAUACUGAUAAGAGCCUUGGAGGGAGAGAAUUGUCCCAGGACUCUAGGGCUACAACUUUACCAAGCCAAACCAUUUUUUUUUCUAUAGCAACCCAUAGUAGAAUGUGAUUUUUAAAGAAAAAAGCAAAACAAGGUUGGAUAUGGAUGUGGGAAAUCACAAUAAUUUCAGCUGCAAAGCUCACUGGCGAUCUUUGGGUAAGCUUGUGUACACUCAGCCUCAGUGUUCCCAUCUGUAAAAUGGGGGCUGGAACGGCCUCCCUCGCAAAGUUGCUGUGAGGAUUAAUGAGAUAAAAAACAGCAAAACGCUAUGUUUUAUGAAUAACACGACGUGUAUGUAAAUAAUGUCUGUCCAGAUUAUACUAAGUAAGAAAAGAUAAUCCCCCUUACCCCACAACAAUCACAACAGACCUCUAUUUUAGAUUUCUCUUAACAGGCCUCUAAAUGACUAUCCUGUCACAGACAGCUUUCCGGGUCAUGUGGCCAGCAUGACUAAACCGCUUCUGGCACAAUGGGACACCGUGAGGGAAACCAGAGUGCACAGAAACGCCGUUUACCUUCCUGCCACAGCGGUACCUUUUUAUCUACCUGCACUGGUGUGCUUUCAGUUAGUUCCAGGGGCAACAGCUCCAUCAGAGUGUUGGCAGAAAGGGGAAAAAAUCAGAAUGAAAUAAGCUGCAGUGCAGUUUGACUCUUUGACCAGCAGGUGGAGCACUUAAUGAAUCUCUGGUCAGGAUUCAUGAAAAAGUAAUGUUUAGGUGAAUUUUGGGGAGAAGUUGUGGCUCUAGCUGCAUAAUAACUAUUUGAGAAUGCUGACAUAAAAUAUCAUGGCUCCCAGCCCCAUCAGAAUGCGAAAGCCUGUAGUUUUCAGCUGAUCCAUGCUGACUUGAAGUCACCUGAUUGCUUCAGUCUGAAUUAGUUGGCAUGGGUCAGAGAAACCCACUGUUACUUGCCGUGACAUUCAGAAAGCCAAGCCAAAGAGUUACCGUAUUUUUCCGUGUAUAAGACGUCCCCAUGUAUAAGACCACCCCAGUUGUUUGAGCCCCAAAUUAAGAAAUAAUUAAUUGCAACAUUUCAUGUAUAAGAUGACUCCCCAAUUUUAAACUUUAAAAAAUUGGGGGAAAAUAUAGACUUAUACACGGAAAAAUACAGUAUAUGCAGAAAGGUCGCCCAGGCUGGGAGUUGGCACAGGUUUGCAUGAAAUCUGCCGGUUUCAUGUGUCAAUAAGGUGCAAUUUAGGAAGAAGACUCAGUGGGUACAGCCCAUGCUUUGCCUGCAGUAGUUAAUAAUAAUGACAAUAAUUUUAUUAUUUGUACCCCCACCCAUCUGACUGGUUUGCCCCAGCCACUCUGGGCGACUCUUCCAGGAUAGGUUCAGGCCCUGGUGUUUUUCAGCUGAAAGGAUCAGAUGAUACCUGAGACACAGGAAGAGCCAUUGCCGGUCAGAAUAGACAACACUGUUAUGCUAGGCCAGGGAUGGGGGAAGCCCUCUAUUUGUUGCCGAACCACAACUCCCAAAAGCCCUUGCCAGCAUGGCCACUGCAGGGGUGGAUGUUGGGAGUUGUAGUUCAGGAACACCCAGAGAUGUUUCUGCAUGCCUGAUAUAGAGGAUUGCAGGUUCUCCACCCAGGCCUAGAUGGACAAAACUGUCUCUGACCUUGUGUGAGGCAGGUUCUUCGCAGAAAACGAAGCGUGCACUAGCAAAAGCCUCAUGUUGAUAGGCUCUGCGUGCAAACAAAAUUAAAUAAAUCUCCCAGGUUGGGAACAGAUGGAUGAAAAGCCUCUGCCCUUGUUGUAAGGCGACUUCCUAAUUUACAGCGAAAUAGAUAGCUGAGCAGGCUGUUCAAACUAGUCUUUCAUUUAAUCCCAAGAGCACACCUGUAUGCUAAAAUGCAACUCUUAAGAGUUGUCCAGCUCUUGUGUUCAGUCCAAGCUGGUUGUAUUUACGACAGCAAAAUGUGUCGAAUUGCAAAAAUUUAAAAAGAAAUAUUUUCCUGGAUGCUGGAAUUCGAUAAAAUAAUCCAAAAGGAGUGUUGAAUCUCCUUGUAAAUGCCUAGAUUUAUUUGAAUACGGUGUUGCUUUUUUCCGGAUCGGUUCUCUGCAUACAGUACUUCCCCUGAGCUCAAAUGAAAAACUGAGUUUUUUCCGAAAACAUCCCUCCUUUCAAGUUGUGCUUCUUCGCAGAACUGGGACCCACCCCAUGUAAGCGCAGAAUAUGGGCUCAGGGCCAACCGACAGACUUGACGUGCUGGUUUUUUAAAAUGCAGGUUGCAUCAGCUUUGAGGGGUGGGGGCCGAGGGUGCUGAUAAUUAACGGGAUUAGUGCAGGCAUGGAGAGCAAAUUCCUCCCAUGUCACAGUCCGGAGGAAAAUCUUCUGUAAUUGGGGCUGUAAACCAGCAGUUUAUGCAGGAGUUACGUUCCGGCGAUCGCGUCUAAAAGCCAGAGUUGCGUAUAGUCAAAACACAUUGGCUUCAGUGGUGGCUGGGAUUCCCAACGUCAUUUUUCCUGGAACCCUGCGCUCUUUUUAAUUUUUCCCACGCGUGUAAAACUUGAAGGUGCACAAGUUAAAGGUUCACAAGUGGUGGGCUCACUUCAUCUGCUUUUGGAGGAUGAUGUUUUUACCCACUCAUCCUCAACAAACUCAUGCCAUGUUCAAGAGGGCUUUGCUUCAAGACUGCUGCAUGGGAGGAAAAGGUUAAAUUUCCUUUCUACAUCUGCUCUGAUCCUGUUAAUUAUCAGCCCCCUAAGUAUGCUGAUAGGAUUUUGUAAUUAACUUGCAUUAAAAAAAAUUUAAUUGCAAAAGGCUUUUAACUUCAGGUCUAGUUUGGCUCUGAGAGGAGGUCAUGAAAAGAACAUAUGCUUUAGCGCCUUAAAAAGCAAA